AUGACCUCUGCUUCCAACGCUAAUGUCAAAGGAGAUGUGUGGGCGUGUGUUUGCAAAUGUCAGGCACUCGGCGCCGACAAGAUCAAUCGCCGAAGAGAGGGAACGUCUCAAUUGAGAAAAGAACUGAGAAAAAUGUCAUUUCGAGGUGUGUGUGCAAUUUUUUGGAGUCCAGCAAGGGGCAACAUUGUUACGAGUGCAAUUGUGGUCAGAGCCAGGGCUGUAGAAUUUUUUAGUUCUGUGGUGAUAAUUGUAAUGUUUCAUUACUUCACACAUGGUGAAGAAGUUAAAGGUUGUAUUUUUUUUGCUUAUCACUCUCAAUGCGUCGAAAUAUAUGGCAUUGAGCAGAGCUGCUUAUCAUACCGUACUGUGUUAGUAUGUCAGUGCCUGAGAGUAUAUGCCAAGCAUCUGGUGUAUGCGGCGUUAGCCGUAUCUGUGUGGCAGGUGUAUGUUGUGUGUCUGUGUGUAAUGUCUGCUUCUCGUGUUCAUAGUCAACUCAUUUAUGAGUUCAAAUGUGCGGCUUAUCCACUGACGUCUAUGCAUAUGUGUGGCUAG